CAUGGUACGUACUCGUACCGGUAAUACUGUAUCCCAUACGUACGAUGAUAUCCGACGCAACGAAAUCCAGGGCUGGUUUGCUCCGUCGACGCUGGUCUCUCGAAGUUGCAAUCCGGUCCCACAACUAGAGUGAAUCCAACUAGUAACUGUCAAGAAACACUAGCACCAUGUACUUUUCAUCCCGCUCCCUCCUGUCCCUGGCUGCCGCCCUCGUCGUUUCGACCUCGGAUGCCUUCGUUCCAGUCAACACGGCCGCAUCCUUUGGCCUCAAGGCGUCCGGCAGCAGCAACGCCCUCCGAAUGGUCGCCGACGACGCCAAGGUCAUUUUGGUGACGGGAUCCUCGCGUGGAUUGGGAAAAUCRAUCGCCACCGACCUUGGRAAGGCCGGUCAGAAGAUUGUCAUCAACUACGUUUCRGACGGAUCCAAGGACGCCGCCGAGGCAACCGUUGCCGAAAUCAAGGAAGCCGGUGGAGACGCCAUCGCCAUCCAGGCCGAUUGUGAGUUAUCUUGUUUUGCAGGGUAGAUCGAAUCGAAUCGCAUCACAUCGCAUCACUGCAGAGAUGAGAAUUUUGAAAGUAGCAGGAAUCGAAAACUGUGUGGUGGCAUCCAUUCGACUGUGCCACACAGAAACGUUCAGCGGCUACUUCUGUGGCUUUUGAUAGCUCAUUAUUUCAUUGCCUCACUUUUUCUGUUUGUCGGUUGRUGGUUUUUAAAUUGCAUUUUUGCGGGCGACACAACAAAUGCACACGCGACGUGCGGAAUCAAAACCGAAUGAAUGAUGAAACAAAAAAUAAACACACCCCAACAGCCUCCGACCCCGAUGCCAUCAAGGAGCUCUUUGCCCAAUCCGUUGAAGCCUUCGGAACCGUCGAUGUCUUGAUCAACAACGCCGGAAUCACCCGCGAUGGCCUCGUCAUGAGAAUGAAGCAGGACGCCUGGCAGGCCGUCAUCGACACCAACCUCUCCGGUGUCUUCUACUGCACACAGGCCUUUUUCAAGAUCGCCGCCAAGAAGAGAACCGGACGCAUCAUCAACAUUUCCUCGGUGGUCGGUCAAUUCGGAAACCCCGGCCAGGCCAACUAUGCCGCCGCCAAGGGAGGUGUCAUCGCCCUGACCAUGUCGAACGCCAAGGAGUUCGCGGCCCGGGGCAUCAAGGUCAACUGCGUGUGCCCCGGAUUCAUCGAAACGGACAUGGUCGGCGAACUCGACGAGGAAUACCUGGCGAAGGUCUCGGAGGGAAUUCCUCUCAAGCGAUUGGGAAAGCCUUCGGAAAUUGCCGGUAUGUGCAAAUUCUUGGCCCUGGAUCCUUCCGUUGAAUACAUCACCGGACACACCUUCAAUGUUGACGGUGGAAUGGCCAUUGGAUGUUAAGAAGCAAUUACUAGUAAAUUAAAAAUUCAAAC